CACUAAUCUCAGCAUUCGAAAAAAACGCGCAAACAAAAGGGACGCUCAUAGAAAAUACAACUUAAAAUAAUUAAUUUACUUGAAAAUCAUAAUAUAAUAAUUAACAAGCCAGCGCCAUGACGCUUUCCCGCGCGAAGCACGCCAACCGCAACCACCUGCCGCACCUGCUGGCCAAGGUGCCCGAGGAGCACCAGGAGCCGAUCAAGAAUAUGUGCCUCAAGAUGAUGUCCCACGACGCAUACGGACAGCCAUACGAUUGGAGUCCCCGGGACUUCGAGAUGGGCGCCCACUUGGGACGCGGCAAAUUCGGACGUGUCUAUUUGGCGCGGGAGCGCCACUCGCACUACCUGGUGGCCAUGAAGGUGAUGUUCAAGGAGGAGCUGCGCAAGGGCUGCGUGCAGCGUCAGGUUCUGCGCGAGAUCGAGAUCCAGUCGCGGCUGAAGCACCCGCACAUCCUGCGCUUGCUCACCUGGUUCCACGACGAGAGCCGCAUCUAUUUGGCCCUGGAAAUUGCGUCCGAGGGCGAGCUGUUCAAGCACUUGCGUGGCGCACCCAAUCAUCGAUUCGAUGAACCGCGGUCUGCGAAGUACACCUACCAGGUGGCGAAUGCCCUUAACUACUGUCAUCUGAACAACGUGAUCCAUCGGGAUCUGAAGCCGGAGAACAUUCUGCUGACCAGCACAGACGACCUCAAGCUGGCCGACUUUGGUUGGUCGGCGCACACGCCGAACAACAAGCGAAGAACUCUGUGCGGCACCCUGGACUAUCUGCCGCCGGAGAUGGUGGACGGGAACUCCUACGACGACUCGGUGGACCAGUGGUGUCUGGGCAUUCUGUGCUACGAGUUCGUCGUGGGCUGUCCGCCCUUCGAGUCGAACAGCACGGAGAGCACCUACAGCAAGAUCCGGCGCAUGGAGAUCUCCUACCCAUCGCAUUUGUCCAAGGGCUGCAAGGAACUUAUUGGCGGACUGCUUCGCAAGGAAAGCAAAGGCCGCAUCACCUUGGUGGAUGUGAUGACCCACUAUUGGGUCAAGGCGGGAAUGGCCGAAAGGGAGCUGCAGCUGCAGAAACGGGAGCGCGGCAAGGAGAACACGGCCAGGAAUUGACUGGUUUCGAGUUUGCAUUGUGUAACGACUUAUUUCAGAUUUUACUUUUAUGUUUAAUAAACGGUUUAUAAGAUUAAAUGAA